AUGGCUCCUCCAAAGCUCCUGCUGCUCCACUCCACCGUGUGUUUUCCCAUGUCAAACCUAAAGAAGUUCUUCCUGACCCAAUCAAUUCCGGGAUCCCCUAACAUUCCUCUGCCUCCCUUCCCUUCCCUUCCCCACCUCCCAGGAGCGUCCGACCUGACGGCGUUCAGCGACCCCCGGGUGGGAAUCGACCGCUCCUUCCCGGCGCUGCCGUCCAUCUCCGACCCUCGCAUGCACUACCCGGGAGCCUUCACCUACACACCCACACCCGUCAGCUCCGGCAUCGGCAUCGGCAUGUCGGCCAUGUCCACGGCCAGCAGAUACCACACGUACCUCCCGCCGCCCUACCCCGGCUCCUCCCAGGCUCAGGGCAGCCCCUUCCAGACCAGCUCCCCUUCCUACCACCUGUACUACGGCACCUCGGCCGGCUCCUACCAGUUCUCCAUGAUCUCCGGCGGGGAUCGCUCGCCGCCGCGCAUCCACCCGCCCUGCACCAACGCCUCCACGGGCUCCACGCUGCUCAACCCCAACCUGCCCAACCAGAGCGACGUGGUGGAGGCCGAAGGGAGCCACAGCAACUCGCCCACCAACAUGGCCAGCACGGCCAGGCUGGAGGAGGCCGUGUGGAGGCCGUACUGAGGAGAUCGGAAGGAGCUCAAGGGGUCAGGACUAAAGGACUUCCCAUUUCCCAGCGGGAUCCCAGAAACUUCCUUGUGGGCCCUGCCGCGUUCAUCCACGAGUUUCAGGAGCAAACCCUUCCGAAGUCAGCGCUCCCAGGAGCGGAGGCUCUCGUCGGCAGGCCCUGGUGGAGCCCAGUCGCUCCGGCAAAGUGUUCCCGGCAGGAGAACGAGCUUCUGGAAAGGAGGAUGCUCCAGUUGGUGGUGCAGAGGUAGCGAGGGUGGGUAGAAGGGUAUCCUACCUGAUUCCAGGCCUGUGGCUUCCCAAUGUGCCUGGGCCUGAAGGUCUCCACAGCCCUAAAAGAGAGUUUCGGUUCACUUCUAUUUUUAAGACUUAAAACCUUAAAAAAAAAACACCAAAAAAAACCCCCAAAAAACAAAAAUAAAUCUUAGCGAGUUUACUGCAUCUUAUGGACAUUUUAAGUGUAAGGAAGUAUAGGAAGAUUCCCAGAGGGAAACUGUGAACGCUUCUGUUUUAGCAAUGCUGUGAAUGAGAGGUUUUAUAUGUUGGACUUCUUUCUUUUCUUUGUUUUGUUUGUAUAUUCCAAAGAAUAUGGAAAUUUUUAUUACUGGGGUUUUUUUGUUUGUUUGUUUUGGGCUUAGAUUUUUUUAGUGUUUUUUGUUUUGGUUGUUUUUUUUUUUUUUAGGAUGCAGCUCAUCCUGCUUUGCAUCUAAUUUGUUUUAUUUCUCUUGGCACCUUAUAAAUUGCAAAAAAAAAAAAAAAAAUUCUUUUUUUUUUGGUUUUAAUCAUACUUGCUUCUUUCUUGCUUUGUCAACUGAAAGAAUCAGCCCCUUUUUCAAUGAGUUAAUUUAACUUUUUAUCUCUUGGACUUUUUUUUUUUAACACAACGGCUACAGCCUUGGGUCAUUUUCAACUACUGUAUUUCUUUGAUGAGUUCAUUGAUAUUUAUGCUUGAUAUUUAGACUUUUCUUAUUUGUUGAUACUAUUAUUAUUUAAAUAUGCCUAUAUUAAAAAAAAAAUAUCAGCAAUUGCCUUUUUUUGGUAGCAGCCAAAGUCAAAUUUCUCACAUUGAAAAAGGCUGGAAUAACGAUGGGCAAAAGUGACCUCCUAAUUCCCUAAAAAUAUUGUUUACAAUUAUCUCACUCUCAUUUUGCUCAGUUUAGAUCCUCAAAGGCAUUGAGGUGGCCAAUUCCUGCUGGAAGGCACCAAAAUCCCUGGGGAUUUCUGUACCUUUCCAAGUGGUGGAGUCAUCUCUCCCUCCUCCUAUUUUGUCACCAGUGGUGACUCUCAGGAUCAGGAAUCAGGAUGUAGAUACUUCCUAAGGCUAAUUCAAUAUUCCCUAACGAAAUACCUGCCCACUGGAGUGUCAGGACACAGGGAAUGGCUUCCCACUGCCAGAGGGCAGGGAUAGAUGGGAACUGAGAAGGAAUUGUUCCCUGGGAGGGUGAGGAAACCCUGUAAUAAAAUUCCCAGAGCAGCUGUGGUUACCCCUGGAUCUCUGGAAGUGUCCAAGGCCAGGCUGGAGCACCCUGGGAUAGUGGAAGGUGUCCCUGCCCGUGGCAAUUCUGGUGGAUGAGCUUUAAGAUCCCUUCCAACCCAAACCAUUCCCUGGUUCUGCGAUUCCCAUGGCGAGGGGGAAGUCCUGGCUCUGACGGAAUCUGGGUGAGAUUUUCCCCCAGGGUUUCUGUGCAGCACUAAAGCCACGUUCCAUCCCGCUGGCAAACACAUCCGCUCCUGGACGGGGCUGGAAAGCUCACCUGGAAAGCUCCAGAAAAUCCAGGCUCUGGACAAUCUUUCCAUUUCCAUCCUCUGGGAGAAGAGGAGGGAUUGUUUGAAGUUGGUGUAGCCAAUGUUGUGCCCUGUAGUAAAUCUACAAGGCUUUUACUACGAGCAGGUUCGGCAGGGAGCCGUCACCGCCGCCCAUCGUCCCAGCACAAACAUAUCAGAUGUCACUGUAACGUUUUUGGCACUAUUUUAUUGAGGGUUUGCUCUUGUACUACUCCUUAACUCCAAACUGCUGAUGUUGACACGUGUCAGUCCCAAAUGAGCUGAUUAUUAUUUAAUGUAUUACAUUAAAUAAUGAUUAUUAUUUAAUGUACCUCUCAAACCAGAGGAAAAAAAAAUUGCAGGUCAACUCAGAGAGUAUUUGAAAGCAGGACUUCAGAUCAGUGUUUGAUGUUUUAAGAAAAAAAAAAA